AUGCUCUUCAAGCUCUCGAACACCCUCUUCGCUACCACUCUCGCUCUCGUCGUAAUGGUCGGUGGCGUCAGCGCCGCUGUGCCCGAGCGUCGUGCUGCUGCCCUCGCCGACAACCCAGUCGAUGCUUGCAAUGGCGAUAACCAGUACGGCGUCGGCCAUGACUGCGCCUGGAGCGGCGGCAAUGAAGGCACUUGCCAGACCAACAGCUGCGGCGUCCUCGUGUGUGUUAACUGA